AUGCAUGCAUUCGCUUGUGCAUUGUUGUGUCUAUUCGUCAAAUUGACUUAUUCACUUUAUAAUGACGUCAUCUGCUACAAAAAUUGGUACUUCGAUAGUCCUCGACCAGCUCCAAGGAGAUGCCCUCCCGCCGACUUCAUCUCCUACUACGAAUGCUGCGGAGAAUCUGAUCUUUGCUGUCGACGCGUUCGAUAUGAGCUACUGAUUUUCCUCUUCGUCCCGCUGUCGAUGUUAGUGUUUGUACUGUGCUGCUGUAUGAUUAUGUCCAUGUGCCGACAUCGAAGGCAACGUGUCGAGAAGCAGCCACGUCUCAGUCGCGACGAACGAGAAUGUCAUUAUUUCUAUUAG